UAUUAGUGGAGUUUAUCAAUCUCUAAUAACCAUUCUAAUUAAGAAGCCCCACUACGCCAAAUCCUCUUCUCCACUAAAAUCCCCACUAUCCCUCUAGCCGACUGAUCCCCUUGAUCAUAUAACUGGGAUGUCAUUUCACUCUUGUUUAUCCGAAGGUAGAGUCCCUUAUCCUACCCUAGGACGCCGUUCCUUCAUCUAUUUUUCAGACGCCGCUUGCCGGCGGACGCCUCCCUUCUCUCUCGACUUCUCUUUUCGUCGCCUCGUCCAUUUGUUUUCCGGUGAGCCACUGUCACAUCUCCUGCCCCACGCACCCCUCAUCUCUCGGUCGGACAGACAUCAACGGAGAGCCAACACCACCACGACGGACAGCUGCGCCACUCAGCCGCCGCCGCCCCUGCUUCUCCGUCGAGAAUGCCGCCUGCCACCAUUCCCCCAUCUUCCCAUCUCAACAUCAUAUGCUCAUAAACUAAACUCAAAACAUACACCCACCCCAUCAUAUUCUCUCAUUUCUGUACACGCAAUAUUUUACAAUUAUACUGGGGAUCUUCCAAAAGCUCUACUUCACUUUCUUGAAUGUGGAAUCUGGUAUAAAUCACACUCUGUUUUCUUAACUUCAGCUGCACCUUCUCUAUUUUGUCAGAAUAGCUGCUGAAGCAGAUGUCAAGAUGCAGCUUAACCAAUACGUUGGAUUACUUUUCGUCAACGAAGCUUCGUAGAAAAUUAGAAUAGUUUGAUCAAUUGUGUAGUGUUAUUAUGUAAUGCUUUUUGUAGUUGUGACAUAAAUAAUGUGUACUUUGAUAUUAUUAAUAAAGUAAAUAUUUUUAUAUAA